GUCCGCGCACCGCGCAUAUGCAUAUGUGUGUGUGUGCGUGUGUGCGUGAUACGGACGGAAUAGUGCAUCGUUGCCGUCGCGCCGUUCUUGGCAAGGGCAAGAUCCGUACUUUAUUUAUCAAUUAUAGCGCUGAUGCGCGGUGCGUAGCGUUAAAUGUGCGUGCAGGAUGUCGAAUCCAGGCGGUAGCAGGAGGAAUGGAGCCAUGAAGAUCCGUUUAACGAUCUUAUGCGCUCGUAACCUCGCUAGAAAGGAUUUAUUUCGCUUACCCGAUCCUUUUGCUAAGAUAACUGUCGAUGGUUCUGGACAAUGUCACAGUACAGAUACUUGUAAAGCUACGCUUGAUCCUAAGUGGAAUCAACAUUAUGAUUUAUAUAUUGGAAAGAAUGAUGGAAUCACUAUAUCUGUAUGGAAUUACAGAAAAUUUCAUAAAAAACAGGGUGGAGGAUUUCUAGGAUGUGUAUGCAUAUUAUCAAAUACCAUACAAAGACUUAAAGAUACAGGAUAUCAACGUUUAGAUCUAUGUAAGGCUCGUUCGGAUGACACAGACGUUGUAAAAGGGCAAAUUGUAGUGUCCUUAAUGUCACGGGAUGGUCACAAUGGUGCUGUAAGUAAUACGAUCGGUCAUAACGCUGUGGUCGACGUGCUUGGUGAUUUGAGCUGUCCGAAUGAUUUACCGGACGGAUGGGAAGAAAGAAGAACCGAAAACGGUCGACUUUACUAUGUAAAUCAUUACACGAAAAGCACGCAAUGGAUCCGUCCAAAUGUUCGGCCUAAUAAUGCUAUUAUACCGACAACGCCGGAACCUCCUCCGUUGCUGUCGUCAGAGCCGACGUCUCCCAGCAGUAGCACGAGUUCGCCAAAUGUGAGAAAUGAAGAGAGUCCUGCAAGACACACGUCGUCUGAAUGGAAUAAUGGAGACGGAACUCCCAAUCAAACACCUAGUCGAGACAACUCGGCGCAUAAUACCCCGAGAAAUACACCAACGCAGCAGCAACAGCAGAAUCGUAAUCAGCAACAGAAUCAUCAUAUGAGAAACCUGAUGUUGCCGGCGUCGUCCGUAAGAGAUCGGCGUGUCGUUAGAGGAACGGAUGAACAAAAUGGCAAUCAAAACACAAACGGAAGGAUAGAACGUGGUCCUAAUAGCGGGAGUCAAACACGAAGGCCUAAUCGUAGCAACAGAAAUAGAAAUAACGUGUCAAAUAGCGACAGACGAACUGAUCCUCCGCAACCGCCGGACUUACCUCGUGGUUAUGAAAUGAGGAAAACCCAACAAGGUCAAGUAUAUUUCUAUCAUGUACCAACUACAUACUCUACCUGGCAUGACCCGAGGAUACCACGUGACUUACAAGCUAACGAAUUAACGAACGAACUUGGCCCUCUUCCUAGCGGAUGGGAAAUGAGACAGACUCAGACCGGACGGGUAUAUUUCGUAGAUCACAAUAAUAGGACAACGCAAUUUACCGAUCCCAGGCUAUCCAGUCAAAUCAUAAGCAAACUGUUAAAGUAAAUAGAAUAAAUAUUAAGUAAAAGAAUAUAUUUAUAAUUACAAUAUAUAAAUAAUAAUAUGAACUACCAAACCACGAAUAAUGCAAAUAGUUCUGUAACGAGCGAAACUACUGAAACAGAUACAAGUUCAUCAAUAGUUCAGUCUAACACAUCACAGCAGUCAACAAGAAAUGAAAAUGGGAAUAACAAUAAUUCUCCAACAAUGGAAAGCACGUCGUCUCAAAAUGCUCAAACAGUGUCAGAAUUACCAAAAGAGCUUAUGGAUAACGAACUUCUUCCAAAAUACAAACGUGAUUUGGUAGCGAAGUUAAAAUGUCUUCGAGCGGAAUUGAAUGCGCUUCAACCUCAGAGUGGACAUUGUAGAUUAGAGGUGUCGAGAAAUGAGAUAUUUGAAGAAUCGUACAGACUGAUAAUGAAAAUGCGCCCGAAAGAUAUGCGUAAAAGACUCAUGGUCAAAUUUCGCGGUGAAGAAGGUCUGGAUUACGGUGGCGUGGCGCGUGAGUGGCUAUAUCUGUUGUCUCAUGAGAUGCUAAACCCGCAAUACGGACUUUUUCAAUAUUCGAGGGAUGAUAAUUACACUCUGCAAAUUAAUCCGGAUUCAGGCAUAAAUCCGGAACAUUUAUCAUACUUCCAUUUUGCCGGAAGGAUUAUAGGCAUCGCCGUUUUUCAUGGUCACCACAUUGAUGGUGGUUUCACGACUCCGUUUUAUAAAAUGUUGCUUAACAAAGGUAUAACGUUGAAUGAUAUAGAAGGGGUCGAUCCAGAACUGCACAGGAGCCUUACAUGGAUGCUGGAAAAUAGCAUAGAUGGUGUGUUGGAUGCCACAUUUUCUGUAGAACACAGCAGUUUCGGUGUGUUGAAAAAUCACGAAUUAAAACCAGGUGGUAAAGACAUUGCGGUGACGGAAGAAAACAAGAGAGAAUACGUCCGUUUAUACGUAAACUAUCGAUUCAUGCGAGGUAUCGAGCAACAAUUUUUAGCAUUACAGAAAGGAUUUCAUGAAUUGAUACCUCCUUUAUUACUAAGACCGUUCGACGAGCGUGAAUUAGAAUUAGUUAUUGGUGGUUUGGGCACCAUCGACAUAAACGAUUGGAAAAUACAUACUCGUCUCAAACAUUGCACGCCCGAUACGCCGGUUGUCCAAUGGUUUUGGCAGAUAGUAGAGUCGUAUGGCGAAGAAAUGAGGGCAAGAUUACUUCAGUUCGUUACCGGCAGUUCCAGAGUUCCGUUACAAGGAUUCAAGGCUUUACAAGGAUCGACUGGAGCGGCGGGGCCUCGACUUUUCACAAUACACGCCGUUGAUGCACCGAGCGAAAAUCUACCAAAAGCACAUACCUGUUUCAAUAGAAUAGACAUACCUCAAAGUUAUCCGACUUAUCAAAAAAUGCUUGACAAACUCACACAGGCGGUUGAGGAAACUUGCGGCUUUGCAGUCGAAUAAUAAGAUAUGUUUUUGCAGACUUAUCAUGAUCAUUUCUGUAUGCUAGAACAUGUUUAGGCAAUCUGUGAAAGUGAAUUUUCGUGAUAGAUAACGUUCUACAGAUUUUGCCAAUUUCUAAAAAAAAAAAA